CGCGUACGUACGAUUUCAAGUUGACGCUACGCCUCUCGUGAGCGCGUUUGUCCAACAUCAAACGGUCGCGAUAAAGCCCGGGACGAUUCGGUGUGAAAGCGCGCGUCCUCGCGGCCGGCGUGGCCGUUCACCUCGGCAGGAUCGCGAAGGUCGUGCGGGGAAGGAAGCCGGGCACGGAGGAAGUGUUUAUGUUUGCGAGGCGUCCCGCCGGACUCCAGCGGCUGUGUGUGUAUCGUGUUCGCCAGGCGUUGCCAGGUGUUACCAGGUGAACGUGCGACUGUUAGCGUCGCGUUACCCACUUACAGCAGCUCGUCUAUCUGCCUACGACGGAAAUCCGUCGUGUACAGGAAAGAGAGAGGAAUCUCUCUCAUGUCGCCGAGCGUCGUUGGAAUUCCGCGUGGAGGAUGAUCCUCCUCUCGCUGAUCCAGAUCGCGUGAGUCUCGCUGGAGAUUCGUCGCAGGACGCGAAGAAGUGACGCGAACGACGGCGGCGGUGAUCGAGUGCGACCGUUUACGAGAGUGAACGCGAAUCAAAUCGCGUUGUCAGCAUCGCGCGACGUUCCGAGUGAACGUGAGAAACUGCGAGUGAUCGUUCGUCCGGCGAGCGAUCGAAGGUCGCCCCGGUGGAACGAGGAGAGAUAGAGAGAGAGAGAGAGAGUCACAAGAAAGAGAAGGAGAGAUCGAGGAAAGGAAUCUCGACGAUCUCCGCUCGACCAAUCGAUAGAUCCUUCUUUUCCCGGUAGUCCGGCAUUUCCGCGAAUCCUUGCUGCGCGCGCCGGAGAGGAGGAGGAAGAGGUGGACACGCAACGACAACACGGACGCACGGUUUCGCAGCCGUGGAGCCGGAGGAGGAUGCGCGCGUCGUCCCGUGAGCGGGUCCGGAGCGAUUUUUGAAGAGGAAAACGGAGGAAAGAGCGCAAAGAAGCGUUUUGGUCGCGCGACUAGCGAGACCGACGCGAAAGGGAGGAGUCGUCUCGCGAGUGCAGCGGACGAGGAAGAGAGAGAGGGAGAGACGAUCGAGAGAGAGAGCUGCAUCGCGGAAUGCACGAAGUCACGCGAGUGUUACGUGCGAGAUGAAGACGCGCGAGUCGCCGCGAUCGUAGAGAGCUCUCCGCGUAGAGCUCCUGCGCGAGUUCCCGGAGUUUUUUUUUCUUUCCGCGCGAACGAGCGAAGGAAGUGGCCAGCGGCGGAGAACGUGGUAGACGGAGACGGGGAGGAGAGGUCAACGUUGCAGCGGCGCGGCGGAGAGGAUGGUGCGGCCGGCGGCCUCCGCGAGGACGCGGAGCCUUCUCGCCGGAGUUUGCCUCGUCUUAUGGAUCAUCGAGAGCGUUCACACCAGCGAGCCGCUUCUGGAGCCACGCUUCAUCACCCAGCCGGUCAACAGCGGCAAUAUACUCAGCGAGAAUCGCACCAAGUUUCUACAAUGCCAAGCGAGAGGCAAUCCUCAACCAAAGUACAGGUGGUUCAAGGACUGGAAGCCGCUCAGCGACAAGCUGACACCAGGUUCUUACUUCCGGAUUCAGAAUACACGACGAAAGGACACCGGUGUUUAUCAUUGUGUCGCUACCAACGACGUAGGCUCGAUAUUCAGUGACCGUAUCAGCUUCUCCGUAGCCUAUAUGGGAAAGUUUGAUGACCUCACGGAUAGGAUAGUGACGGUCGAGUAUGGUCACGCCGCGAUAUUGGAGCUGCCGCCGAUCGAGAGCAACCCCAGCCCCGGGGUAACGUGGUUCUCUUCAGACUCGACGGAACUGUACGGCAUAAAGUACGCCACGACUGAGCACAAGCUGUACAUAUUGGACGCCGCGAAGAGCGAUGAGGGUUCCUACAGAGCGAGAGCUUUCAACACGCAGUUGGGCAAGGAGGAGAACAGCCCUUUCUUCAAGCUGCAGGUCACCGGCGAUCCGAAUGCGGAGGUGGCCCCCAGCAUAAUCGUCAAGCCUCAGAACACGCUGAUAAUCAAGGACCAGAAUGCCGCGCACAUCUAUUGCAUCGCUAAUGCCAGAUCGCUUCACGAGCUGCGGAUUCUGUGGAUGAAGGACGGCAUACCGAUCGAGAACUCCCGGGUGACGUACAGCUUCAAUGACUCGUGGAACCGGACGCUCAUGUUGAUCUCCGCGAACAUGACUUACACGGGAACGUAUUCCUGUCAUGUGGACCUGAAGAGCGGCGGCUACCCGAUUUUGAACGCGAGCGCCGAGGUCGUUGUUUACGACAAACCGACGUUCAACACGGAGUUGAAGAAAGAGACUCUGAGCGAUUACGGAUCCACGGUGACGAUAUCGUGCGACGUUGACGGCACGCCGGUACCGAAGAUCACUUGGUUCCGCAAUGCCGAGCCGGUGGACAAUUUGCUGGAAAACAGAUACGCGAUGGAGGAGGACGGUUCGCUGACGAUCAAAAAAUUGUCUAUGGAUGACUCGGGGAUGUUUCAGUGCCUCGCGUCCAAUGAGGCCGGCGAAGCGUCCAGUUACACGUGGUUACGGGCGAAAAAAGGAUUAGGGAGCGGAUUGAAAGACAGAGUUGCCCGCCGGGCAGCUGGCUACAAUAUAGUCAGAGUUCGCCAGUCUGACCGCCGUUUUAUGUUCUCUCAAUAUCCAGACCCGUCCGGCCCGAUAAUGGAGAACGGGCCGCAGAAUCUGACGGUGCUGGACGGCAAGGACGCGACCUUCAGCUGCAACGCGGUGGCGGCGCCGAAACCGAACACCACGUGGUACUACAACGACACGAUACCCGUGGAGAUAGCCGGGCGGGUGCAGGUGUCGGGGAACGGCGACCUCCUGAUCGCGGCGGUGAAGCCGGACGACGCCGGCAGGUACACCUGCGUACGCGCGAACGAGGCCGGCUCCGUGAACGGCACGGGCUACCUCACCGUCAUGAUCCGGACGCGAAUCGUCGAGCCACCGGUCGACACGUCCGUCCUGCUCGGCCACACCGCCAUGCUGCAGUGCAAGGUCGCGAACGACCCCAGCGCUUUGUACGACAUGGCGUGGUUUCACAACGCCCAGGUGAUAAACACGCAGGCGAGCCAGCGUGUGAAGAUGCAGCACGACGGCACCCUGGAGAUCUUGGCGGUGCGCGCCUCCGACGUGGGUGAGUACACCUGCUCCGUGGUGUCGCCCGGCGGCAACGAGACGCGCUCCGCCCGGCUGAGCGUGAUCGAGCUGCCGUUCGCGCCUAUCAACGUCGUGGCGGUGCGUGUCGAGCGCAUCUCACCGCGCACGAUCAACGUCACCUGGGUGCCCGGCUUCGACGGCAACAGCCCGACGAAGAAGUUCACCGUCGAGAAGCGGGAGGUGUUCGACUCGGGACCCGUGUCCGAUUCGUUGGUCAACUGGGACGUCUUGCGCGACAACGUGUCCGCGGAUACUCGUUGGGUGCUGCUGAGCAACCUGAAGGCGGCGACGGCCUAUCAGUUCCGCGUCUAUGCCGAGAACAGCGUCGGCAAGGGCAUGUCGUCGGAGCCGAGCAACAUCGUCGCACUGCCGCAGGAACCGCCCAAUGGCCCACCCGUAGGCUUCGUCGGGUCCGCGCGCUCGUCCUCGGAGAUCAUCACGCAGUGGCAACUGCCGGCGGAGGAGUACCGGAACGGCCAUAUUCUCGGGUAUAUACUGAGGUACAGGCUUUUCGGCUACAGCGUUAAUCCGUGGAUGACGCAGAAUAUCACGAACGAGGCCCAGAGGAACUACCUCAUCACCGAUCUGAUCACGUGGAAGGAUUACGAGGUGCAGAUAGCGGCGUACAACGACAUGGGAGUGGGCGUGUUCACCGACGGCCUGAAGAUAAAAACGAAGGAAGGAGUUCCGGAAGCACCCCCCACGAAUGUGAGAGCGGAGGCGGUGAAUUCGACGGCGGUGAAAGUUUGGUGGAAGCCGCCGAACCCUCAGAAGAUCAACGGGAUAAAUCAGGGAUACAAAUUGCAGGCCUGGGUCGGCAACAAUCUGACGGAGGCGGCCGAGUACAAGUCGAUGACCGUGCCGCCGAGCCUGUUCGACCCACUCGCGGAGCAGAGCGCCGUCGUGAGCGGCCUGAGGAAGUACACUUCGUACAACAUCACGGUGCUGUGCUUCACCGAUCCGGGUGACGGCGAGAGGAGCCUGCCCGUCGAGAUUCGCACCCGCGAAGACGUGCCCGACGAGGUGGAGAAUCUGCAGUUCGACGAGAUCAGCGACCGCGCGCUGACGGUCAAGUGGGCGCCGCCUAGAGAGACCAACGGGAUACUGACGCACUAUCAGCUCAAGUACAUGAUAAAGGAGGUCCCGGAUUCGUUGCAGGUGAAGAACUUCACAGCGGACGUGUCGUCCACGAAGGUGGAGCACCUGCAGGCGCUGACCCACUACAAGUUCGAGGUGACCGCGUGGACGUCGGUGGGAGCCGGCAAGGCGAAGGUCGCGGUCAUUCAGUCGGGCGUAGAGCCGGUGCUGCCGGAACCGCCUACGAAACUGGCCCUGUCCAACAUCGACGCCUUCUCCGUCGUGCUGCAGUUCACGCCCGGCUUCGACGGCAACUCGUCCAUCUCGAAGUGGACGGUUCAGGCGCAGACCGCGCGCAACUCCACGUGGUACGACAUAUACGAGGUGUCGGAUCCCGACGCGUGCACCAUCACCGUCGACGGGCUGACGCCGUUCAUGGAGUACAAGCUCCGUCUGAUCGCGAACAACGUGGUCGGCGCCUCGCAGCCGUCCGAGCCCACGAAGGAGUUCCAGACGAUUCAGGCGCCGCCCUCUCACCCGCCGAAGAACGUGACGGCGCGCGCGAUGAGCGCCACGGAGCUGCGCGUCCGGUGGAUCCCGUUGCAGCAGAUCGAGUGGUACGGCAACCCCCGUGGCUACAACAUCACGUACACGGAGGUGCGGACGAACCGGUCGAAGAGCAUCACCAUCGAGGACCACACGGCGAACUCUUACAUCCUGGAGAACAUGGAGAAGUACGCCGAUUAUGAGAUCGUGAUGCAGGCGUUCAACGACGUCGGCACCUCCGCGACGAGCCCGAAGGCCGUUGAGCGGACUCGCGAGUCGGUCCCUUCCCAGGGACCGGUCAACGUCGAGGCGAACGCGACCUCGUCGACGACCAUCGUGGUGCGGUGGGGCGACGUGCCGGUGGAACACCAGAACGGCCAGAUCGACGGGUUCAAGGUGUACUACGGCGCGAAUCCGAGAUCGCCGUUCCAAUACAAGAACAUACCCAGCAACAGCACCUUCACCGCCACGCUGACCGAGCUGCGGAAAUUCGUGCAGUACCACGUGCAGGUGCUGGCGUACACCAGACUCGGCGACGGGGCGCUCAGCGUGCCGCCCGUGCGAGUCCAGACCUUCGAGGACGCACCUGGGCCACCGUCCAACGUGUCCUUCCCCGACGUGAGCCUGACGACCGCCCGCAUCAUCUGGGACACUCCGGAGGACCCGAACGGCGAGAUCCUCGCGUACAAGGUCGUGUUCCACCUGAACAACAGCCUGGACCGCCAGUUCUCGAAGGAGUUCCCCGCGUCGGACCGGACGUUCACCGCCACCAGCCUCGAGCAGGAGAGGUACUACAUGUUCUCCGUGACGGCGCAGACGAGGCUGGGCUGGGGCAAGACCGCCUACGCCCUCGUCCUCACCACGAACAACCGGGAGCGGCCGCAGGCGCCGUCGACGCCGCGGGUGAGCAAGUCGCAGGUGCAGAGCCGGCAGAUCACCUUCAGCUGGACCCCCGGCGGAGACGGCUUCGCGCCGCUGCGCUACUACACGGUGCAGCAGUCCGAGAACUCCGGCCCGUUCCAGACGAUCCUCGAAAGAGUCGAGCCCGCCCUGACGUCCUACACGGCCGGCAAUCUGAAGCCCUACACGUUCUAUCAGUUCCGCAUCCAAGCGACCAACGACAUCGGCCCGUCCGAGUGGAGCACCGAGUCCGGCCAGGUGCAGACUCUGCCCGCGGCCCCGUCCAAGGGUGUCACCGGCAUCAAGGUCGUGCCGAUCACGACGUCCAGCGUCGAGGUCCACUGGAACAUGAUCGAGCAGACGUAUUGGAGCGGCGACCACGAGACAGGCGGUUACCGCGUCGUCUACCAGCCGGUCUCGGACUUCCCGACGGCGCUGCCGACCACGCCGCACCAGGAGAUCCUCGGGAUCAGGCAGACCAAGAUGGUCCUCAGCGACUUGACCGAGGAUAGAUACUACGAGAUCAUAGUGUUACCGUUUAACUCGGAGGGCGAAGGCCCGCCGAGUCCGCCGGUCACCGUUUACGUGGGCGAGGCGAUCCCCACGGGGGAGCCUCAGCACCUGAAAGCCGAGUCCAUCUCUUCCACGGAGGUCCGCUUGCGUUGGAAGCCGCCUCAGGCCAAUAUGCAAAAUGGAGACCUGCUGGGCUACAAGAUUUUCUAUCUGGUGACCAACUCGCCUCAGCAGCUGGAGAAGAAGCAGGAGGAGGAGAUCGAGGUCGCCUCGGCCUCCUCCCAAGCGUACAGUCUAGUCUUCCUCGACAAGUACACCGAAUACCGUAUACAAGUGUUGGCGUUCAACCCGGCCGGCGACGGGCCGCGAUCACGGCCGAUCACCGUCAGGACGAAGCAGGACGUCCCGGGGCCGCCGUAUAAUCUGCUGUUCACCGAGAUCACCAUGACGAGCCUGCGCGUCUCCUGGGAGCCGCCGAAGUCGCGCAACGGUCAGAUCGUCGGCUACGUCGUCACGUACGAGACGGCCGAGCAGAACGAUCGUUUCAGCAAGCAGGUGAAGCAGAAAGUGAACGAGACGAGCAUGCUGAUCCAGCCGUUGGAGGAGGAGGUGGCGUACACGUUCACGGUACGCGCGCAAACGAUCGACUUCGGCCCGCCGAUAUCCGGGAACGUCACGACCGGUCCGCAGAAAGGCUCGCCGAUGGCGCCCAGCAAACUCGCCGUCACUAAGACCGUCUCCAGCGUGGAGCUGCAGUGGACCAACGGGGCGUCCGGGAAAGGCCCCAUAUUGGGCUACUACAUCGAGACGCGUCGCAAAGAUGACUCGCGCUGGCAGACGAUAGUCCGCAGCAGCAACGGGCCGCUGAUGGAGUACACCGUGUCUUAUCAGAAUUUACUGCCGUCCACUUCGUACCUAUUCAGGGUGAUAUCAUAUAAUCGUUACGGAAUCAGUUACCCGGCAUAUUCCACCGAAACGAUUCUAACGCCGUCGAAACUGUACCUGGAAUACGCAUACCUGCAACAUAGGCCCUUUUACCGGCAAACCUGGUUCAUGGUCACUUUAGCUGCUACGUCAAUUAUAAUCAUCAUCACGGUCAUAGCGGUGUUAUGUGUAAAGAGCAAAAGCUACAAGUACAAACAAAAAGCACAGAAGACCCUCGAGGAAUCGAUGGCGAUGGACGGGGACGACAGACAAGAGUCGGAUCUGGAGCUGUACAGGUCGCGUCAGGGUGGUGGCUGCGCCGUCAAUAUGAGCAGCGGCACUCUAGGCAAGAGAAGCACAUUGGCUCGCAAAGCGAUGCAUCCGCCGCCUCCUGCGAUGCUGGGAAAAUCGCCUCCAAGACCGUCCCCCGCGUCUGUCGCCUACCACAGCGACGAGGAGAGUCUCAAAGGAUACGACGAGAAUCCCGACGACAGCAGCGUCACGGAGAAGCCCUCCGAAAUUAGUUCCACGGACUCCCAGGGCUCCGAGAGCGAGAACGAGAGCGUGCAGUCCGAUCCACAUUCCUUCGUGAAUCACUACGCGAACGUGAACGACUCGUUACGACAGUCGUGGAAGCGGCAGAAACCCGUCCGGAAUUAUUCGUCAUAUACCGACUCCGAGCCGGAAGGCAGCGCGGUCGUUAGUCUGAACGGCGGUCAGAUUAUCAUGAACAACAUGGCGAGAUCGAGAGCACCGUUGCCGGGCUUCUCGUCGUUCGUGUAAUUAACCGAAUUACUAACAAUUAAUUAGUAAGACACAAAGAAACACUUUUUUCUAGCGGAGAGUUUUAUAGAAUAUUUCAUCGAGGGUCUUCUUUCUAUCUCUUUAACUUUCUCGCCCUCAAUUCGUCAAUAUCAAAACUAUCGCCUCGACGAUCCUGCCUCGUGCGGUGGUUUUUUUUUUAUAUGAGUAUAAAAGAAGGAUAAGUUCUUUUUAUUACAAAAUUAUAUAUAUAAUAUAUGUUAUAAUAUAUUAUAAUAAUUAUAUAUAUA